GUGAACUUGUUUUUGCGUUUCCAUUGAGACUUUUUGGACGCGGUAGUUCAUUACAGUUUUGUGUUUUGUAGAGGAAACAUCGCGUUCGCUUUUUGCCCGGCAUCGAAAUGGCGAUGAUCCAAGGUCUUUUGCUGCUGGCAGCUAUCAGUGUAGGUGUACUCGCCAACGAGGUGCCACUGAACAAAGGUAAUGUCGCUGCCGAAUUGAGCCGAGUUCGGCGAAACCCCCAGCAGAACAAUAUGCCUGGAUUCCCGAAUUUCGCGCCUCCCGGUUUCGAUAGUUCACAUAUCGUUUCCCAGGACACCGAUAGGAACAAGAACAGCUUCGCUCAGUCCACGAUUUACAAGUCCGAGAAUGGGUACGGAUCGUCCUCGAUUUCUGUGUCCAGAUCAGGAACGACAUCGAUAAAGGCGUCCUUCAUUAGCUGUUUACUGGUUGUUUUUUCCUUGUUGCCAGUGACGCAUCUCUUCCGAUUGUAGAGUAUAAGUGUUAUUUUUAAAUAUUUGCAUAUAUUUUUGAGAAACUUGUGUACAAAGAGAAACAAACAAGUGUGAUAUAGCUACACAUUAUAGCGGUAUGAAUAAAGGGCGUGUAUUUGGAUAAAAAAAAAUUACACGGAAAGAUGCUUCAACGAAAUUUCUACCAAAUAU